CAAAAGGUAGGCAGCUCGCGCCAUAGAUCCCCAGUGGGUCUCUCUCUCUCUCUCUGGGGCAGAAGUGAAGAGACUGGAUCUGGGUGGAUCUGGAUUAAUGUGGAGGAUUAUUUAUACUCUUUUCACGCAGAUCAGGAUGAGAACCGCGCGCUGAUCGAGAGGAAGCGCUGCAGAGCUCUUCUUAUCACUGUUUGGAGUGAAGGAGGGAGCAGCAAUGAAGACGACCAAGCAGUGGGAUGUCCGAGGGGCUGUGGGCCUUGCAGGCGUCUUUCAUUUCCUGCUUUGCUGUGCCUCAGGAUGUCUUCUACCCUUCCUCACCCUGUACCUGCGACAGCUCGGACUGACCGCCUCCAUGACCGGCAUCAUCAUGGCACUCAGGCAUUUGGUGGCUUUGCUUUGGAGGCCUGUCUCUAGCACCCUGGCUAGACGCCACAACAAAAGGCGGGUGGUUAUAAUAGGGUCGGCUAUCUUUUCAGCAAUAGCUGCUCUAAUGCUUUUGGUCUUCCCAGCUACAGGAGUGAGCACAGAGAGCGUAAGUUGUAACGUUAGUCGGCUAAAUGCUAAUCAUACGUUUGAUUCUAGCACUCUGAAACCUCCAACAACUUCCACGUUCUCAAUGCACAAGUUUUCUACACCAUUGGGUAAUUUUACAGAUAGCCAAACUGAAAUUGAGCACAGUCCUCCACUGGUGGUCACCACAUUGGCAUCAACCAAUAACAAAGAGACCUCAAAGAUCUCAGACACCCAAAAGGUUGAAGCAGUUUCUGACCAGUCAAAAGCUGCCAGUCAAAAAGAUGGGCAAGAAUCUCUGGAAACGCCAAGCCAAUCUCCACCAAGCCAACCAGCAGAGAGAAGGACCGGUAGAGCAUUAAAAAAGGGUGAACAACAACAAACAAAGAACGAGUUGGAGUUGAACGUAGUUCGUUCUGAGUUCCUUGGAAGUCUAAAAGUCAUGGAUGCCCAACAUCAGAUGUUCUUCUUGGUGAUGAUUGUCGUAGGCAUAUGGGAGCUCAUGGCUGCACCGUUGGAGUGGACCGCUGAUGAUGGGCUGCACGAGUACCUUGAUUUUGUGGAUGCGACGGAUCGCCACAGGACUGUCAAACCCUGGAGGCUUCUUGGAACUGCCGGUGGUGUGGGAAGCACUGGCAUUCUCGUAAGCAUCCUGUAUUGUGUCUUCGGGACUGUGAUACACUUCUACGCUUACGUUUUGCUCAUGUUUGUGAUCGUGCCUGUUGCUGCUUUGCUGCCUCUUUAUCGCCACAAGCGUGAACGUCUUCCAGGUAGCGGACUGAAGGCUUUGCAGUUGGUGCGAGGCGACUCACGGGCACUGCUCUGUGUAGUCAGUGCCCUUCUUACUGGCAUGGCGGGAUCUGUUCUUGCUGACUUUCUUCCCUGGCAGAUGCAGGACCACGGAGCUACAGAGCUUCAAAUAGGAAUUGCAUUGGCGUUGGCACCUUUGUGCCAGGCUACCUUUGCGCCUUUGAACGGAACUGUAACCCGUUUCCUAAAAUCCCAUGGAAGACUUCUGAUUCUUGCAAUUUUGGGACUCUCUUUUCAAUGCCUUUACUUCUCUUUCCUGUGGACUCCCUGGGCAGCAAUUCCUGCUCAGCUUCUGGCUGGACUUUCAACUGGUGCCCUCUGGUGGGCAGUAGAGGCACAGGGUCUGGACAUUGCUUCUCCAGGUACGGAAAGGGCUGUGCAUCGCGUCUUUGAAACCCUGUCUUUGGAUUUUGGAGCUGGUCUAGGCAGCGUUUUAGGAGGGUUUGUAGUGCAGAAGUUUUGCAUUAGUGUACUCUUCCAGGGAAUGGCGACCAUGCUUGCUUUGUGGUGCGUUGCAUUAGCUGUGUUUCAAUGGAGAAUCCCUCGCCAGCACAGGAUAAACUACUCUCGUCUGCUGGCAGCUGAUGCCAGUGAGGCGAGCGAGUCUGAAUCGGACCAGGAACAGGAAAAUGACUGGCUGGAAAAGGCUAUGAAGGAUGACAAGGGCAACAACAAUUGGAAGAGACUGGAUUAAUAAGGAGUAUACCUGGAGAACCACCUUCUGUAAACACCACUGUCAAGGCGGCCUGUGUAACGUUGUUCCAAGUUACACUUUACGCUUUGUUCCUUUCUAUUCUAAUGGGCAUUUUUACAGGGCAUUAGGGAACAUUAAGAAAUGUUACAUUCACAUUUUCUUUGUUCCAUGUUGAAACUAUGCUACAGCUGGACACUUAUGCCAAUGUUUCUGUCUUUUGUGCCAUUGUAUUUGCCCAUUACUGCAAAUCAAGUUGGACAAUUAUUAAAAGUGAAGAUGCUUA